AUGUCCAUCAACCAAGGUCCAAGAGGCGAGGAGAAGUCAAUAGCGGCACAGAUAGAUCCUGCAUCUCGACGUCAGUCAAACGAACUCUCUGGGGAGGGUGACCAGUCGAAGCCCGCUGGAAGCGAUGCCAAGAAGAAGGUCGGGAUGCCGACUUCAAGCCCUACACCAGCUUACGCCUCCACAACCAAUGAGCACUUGAAGGCUUAUCAUGGCUUGGCACUCCGCGGACCGCGUGGCAGGGAGCAAAACCGUCGCACUGCGCCCCAUGCGUUCUCGGAGGGAGGUCAUGUCCCUGGCAAGUGGAGUAGGGGUCUCCAUUAUCCCGGACCCGGAGAAUGGGAAGUGACUACUCCUAAUUUGGAAAUCCUCUAG